ACUCUCUCUCACUCUCUCUCUCUCUCUCUCUUAAGUGAUAUAUAUGAAUAAUAUUGAACACACCAAGACAUUGGUAUACUAUACUUUUUUUCCAUGCCUGCUAACUUCACAGCCUGGCAAGCCUGAAUUAUUAACAUGACCAUGAACAUGAUUAUGAUUUUUUUAAGUUAAGGAGGGUUUGGUUGUUGCUUUGUUUCCUAAUUAAAGUAGUACUGAGGAGCCUUAGCCUGGAAUGGAUUAAUUGGCCUCUUUCAAGAGAUUUGCUGGUGUAGAGGUGUCCAGGAAUCUUCUGUAUUCCAAUUCACCACGUACCGCACUCCAGACUCCAGAGCGUUGCUAGCUGCACUCCUUUCGAUUUCUCCGUCGAAUCCACGCGUAAAGGAAGAAUGACUAGUACUCAUGUUGGCUAGUACUGCUCAUCAUCAUCAUCGUUGUCGUCGUCGUCGUCAUCAUCAUCAUCAUCAUCAUAAGAGAAUCUCUGCAGUUUGGAUAUUGAGUUUUAGUUUCUCAGUGGUUACUAUUGCUAGCUUAUGGAUGAUAGAAGUAUAAUUGGCAUGAAGUUGAACAAGGAAAGGUCUCAAUGAGCCUCAUAGCAGAGAGUCACUACCUGACCUCUUUCUAUUUCAGGCAUGGGAACCAAAAUUGAAUACUCCAUCAAUAUAUUAGGAGGAGCCUCACAAGGUAGCAACAGCUUAGCUGUUCGUAGAGUGGAUGACUGGGACUAUUUUCAGAAAAGUGGGCUGAAGGAAAAAUAUCAAAAGACUAGAUUCGAGGACAAUCUUCGCAACUCAAUGGACAGAAUGCUUGAUAAGCAUAACAUGGAUACCAUCAGAAAGACAAUGCAGAUGCAUGAAGACACCUUUAGGCACCAGAUAUGUGAGCUCCACCGGCUGUACAGUGUACAAAAGAUGCUAAUGGAUGAACUGAACCAAGAGAUAAAACAAAACAGAAUUUGGGGUCCCAUGACUAGUAGUGCAGAUCACAUUCACAUUCACCAGUCUCAGUUGUUUAACCAGCAGCAUUUGACAGCUCAAACUGCGUCUUCCGGAUAUAAUUUCCAUCUUCAUAGGUUGAGAGAUGAUCCAAACUCUACAGAGCGCAGUGGAAGUUGCUCAGGAGAGUAUACCAUGAGAAUUUCAAGAGGUUUUGAUCUCGAAAGGCCAGCUGCCGAGGAAGACAUCUCGACAGGAGUUAGUACUAUUGAUCAAGACCAGACAGGGCCAAGUUCUAACAUGGCAUUGAUCAAAAGUAACAAUAUGAGGAGCAUGGAUGUCUAUGACGAAGAUAGUGAGGAAGUGGAGCUUACAUUAAGCAUUGGAAGCAGCAAGAGCAAGAAAAGAUCCAAACCUUACCUGCGGCCUCAUUUAGGGUGUUCGGAACUGGUGAUCAAUAAAGAAAAGGUACUCGACUCACCUGCCUCGUUCAAAUCAGAUAGAGGAGAUUGCAGUGAUCCCACAACUCCCAUGAGCAGCUCCAGUGCAACAGUUGACCAGGAAAGAAAGCAGCCACAUUGGCUUUUACAUGGUUUAAAGCUCAAAUAGGACUAAUACUUCAAAUUGCGUGCUUGUUUGGAAAAAUCUACGCGUUGUUCAUUAUUGAAAUUCUAAUUAAGUUGUCAAUUUAAUAAAUGAACAAUUGAUCAGACACUGUUUUGAGGCAUUACAUUGGUGCAUGUAAAUACGACAUUUCCAAA